GGGACAACGCCGCCAGUGGCACCGAGUCUGCCGUUUAACGUCGUUGUCUAACGUUCAUUUCGUUUACCUUCGUGAACAUUGAUAUUGUUUUCGUAAUCCUGCGCAGCAAUAAUAAUGAGUUGUGAUACAGUUUUCAUUUGUUACACUAAUACUUGAUAAUAAAUAAACGUAACAAUUCUGUUUUUUUCAAUGUUAAACUAGAAUAUAAUUGUUCUUGCAAAAUUUAAUAAGAUCGGUACGUUUUAUAAUUUAUCUAUUUAUAAUUAACGAUACGCUGACGAUGGCAGUAUGAAAUACAAAAUAACGUUUUUCAAAUAUGUCAAAAUAUGAUUUACAAAUAAUUCAAUUUGAAAAAAAAAACAAAUCAAGAUAGCUAAUGACGAAUGUUGAUCCGGCGGGUGACAGGAAAUAGGUGAAAAAAACAAUGGCCCUGCUCGGCGCAGUGGCGGCUUCAGGCGCUGGCGGGCGCCGGGGCUGCAUGCUACGGGUGGCGGCCGACGCGAUAACAUUUUAUUGCAGCGGCGCCGAAAGUGGCCACGCCAAUGGCACGGCCACCAAAGGGUCAGCCAACGAUGGUGAAUCCGGUGGUUCAAACUACUAUUUAAGAGCUGUCGGUGGUGUUGUCGGCGUGGCCACCGGUGAUGAUCCAUCAGUGGCCGCGUUAGAUGACGAUGGUGGUGGUGGUCCUAGACCAGGUGACUACUUCCGGCCGAUCCGGUCCGUGUCUAUGACGGGAUAUGACUUCAACACCACAGCCGUUACGGUUCUUAUGAACACUACGGCAAGCAUUGAACCAUUCGUGAACGGCUCGAACCAAACUUUGAUAAAAGGAAGCGAUGAAGACUUCACAAACUAUGUGUUUAUCAUCACUAUCGGUAUCAUCCUGGGGGCCAUGAUAUUAACAACGAUAUGUGGUAACGCACUGGUGAUAGCAGCCAUUCUGUUAGAGAGGAAUUUGCAAAACGUUGCCAACUACCUCAUAGUUUCUCUAGCUGUGGCCGAUCUAAUGGUGGCUUGUUUGGUCAUGCCACUCGGAGCUGUUUAUGAGAUAAGCAGAGGAUGGAUUUUAGGUCCUGAACUUUGCGACAUGUGGACCUCGAGUGACGUAUUAUGUUGUACAGCUUCAAUACUCCAUCUCGUUGCAAUAGCAGUUGAUAGAUACUGGGCUGUGACCAACGUAGAUUACAUUCAUACAAGAAAUGGCCGUCGAAUUGUUGGCAUGAUUGUAGUGGUGUGGUCUGUGGCUUUAAUUGUAUCUUUAGCUCCACAAUUUGGCUGGAAGGAUCCAGACUACUUGGAUCGUAUUAAUAUUCAACAACAAUGUAUGGUUAGUCAAGAUAUUGGAUAUCAGAUAUUUGCCACGUGUUCUACGUUUUAUGUUCCUCUUCUUGUCAUAUUGUUUCUGUAUUGGAAAAUUUUUAAAAUAGCUAGAAGAAGAAUAAGACGUCGUCGAGCGCAACGAAAUGCAAUGCUGGAACAUUCUAAAUUAAAAAAACCGGCAGAUGAAACAUCGACAGAACCAAAAAAAUACGGAUUUUUUAGAAAGGCAGUGUUCUUAAGAAUAAAAAAGAAAAAAGAAGUUGAAGAAACUGCUGUUUGUUCGAGUAUCGGUCUAAUAGAUGGACACUCGAGCUGUUCCAUGCCGGAAUCGUCUCAGGAUGGUCAGACAAAGUGCGGCGGUGAAGAUAAAACAACGGCCUUCACGAUAUCGACGAAUCACGAUAACUGUGCUGCAGUAACGACCGUUGAAGACGAUGGGCCAACAAUAACGGAUAGCGUUCCGAUACGGCACACAGUCAUUGAAAUGAACGUGAAUCGAAUGAGCCUGGCUGCACCUCGCGUGAAGCCAAAACGGGAGAAAAAAGAGUCACUGGAAGCUAAACGGGAACGGAAGGCGGCCAAAACCCUGGCGAUUAUCACUGGAGCCUUUGUCGUUUGCUGGCUGCCGUUCUUCAUCAUGGCGCUAGUCAUGCCCCUAUGCCAACACUGCCACAUUAACAAGUACGUGUCCAGUUUCUUUUUGUGGCUUGGUUACUUUAACUCAACGUUGAAUCCAAUCAUCUACACAGUGUUCAGUCCCGAAUUUCGAUUGGCGUUCACCAAAAUGAUAUGCGGCACGACGUACAGAAGAUAAUAACACAUCAAAUCGAGGCCAAUGACUCCACUUUACCCAACUGUACAUGUUUGUUGAUUAACGAAACAUUUUAUGUAUAAAGUGUGUACACUGGACGUGUUAUAUCAUUAUAGUAUACACGUGUUGUGUGUGUGUUUGUGUGUUGUUGUGUGCAUGUUUCUUCUAAGUAUUAAUUUAAUGAUUGUUAUGUAAUUAGGCGUGAGCAAACUUAUGGUAAGGUCUGGCUUUCCAUAGGUAAACAUCGGAUACUGCAAAGGUUUUUGGGUGUUGUCAAAAAGUUUCCGUUCGUGGUUGCCGUUUAAUUUCGGUCAAUGUUUUAUUGUGCUCUUAUCGAGCUAUUUGACCUCAGCUUAUAAUUAUCUACUUUUAUAAAACGUCGUCUACACGCUGAUAAAACAUUUAUUGAGAUAAUAUAUUUCUUUGAUUUACGAACGAAUUUGAACAGCAACGCUAGAGUUCUUUUAAGUAUUAAAAAAAGAGCAUUGCAAAAGUAUUGAACAACUCAGCAUAAUACUAUUAAGUUGGUAUAGUGAGGACCCAGGAGGGUUCGUAGUGUUAUGGGUACCUAUUGAAUGAAGCAUUAACACUUGAAAUGAGCACGUCGGAGCAACGUUUUGGCGACAAGCCAAAUUGAAUGGUAUAAAAUGCUUUAAACAAUAAUAAUUUGCAUUACUAUACUGAUAGUAAAAUUGUACAGAGCUUUCUUUUUCUCGUAAAAGGGGGUGGAAGAAUUGAGUUUUUUCGGCUCAGUUAAUUCGUUAAUAAGUUGUUAAUAAAAUUACUAUUAUAAUUAUUGGGAUUUUUAUUAUACUGUUAUAAUCGUUUAAAAUCUGUUGUAUGUGAGAUUUAUUGUUGUUAAACAUUAUAUCUCACACAUUAUAGUUAUCAAUACAUUGUGAAAGACAUAUAAGACAAUGUUUGUGUAAUAAUAUGUGUAUAAUUUAAAUAUAAUAUUGUAAUAAGGCAAUUAACACUAACGCUAUUGAUAGCUUCAAUUUUUUAUUAAAUAUAUAUUAAUUAUUUAUGUAUAUACAGGUGGAAUAGAUCUAACUGACAACUCAUAUAACUUAUGAUCUACAUAACAUUCUAUAUAUUUUUUUUCAAUCAAUUUUUACAAUAUGGAACUAUAUUUAAAAUAUGUUUUAUGUCAUUUUCCAUUUUUCUUUUUAAAAAGAAAUCGCGUACUGUUACCAGUAAAUAACAUAAUAAUUGUUCACUUUUGUACUUUACAUAAUAUGGACUAACAUUUGAUAUCAUAGGAAAAUUGUAACAAAAAUCAAAGUUUAACAAAUUUUAAAAUGCUGUAUAAACGUAACUACUGAAUUAAAAUAAGAGUUUUUGGUAUCAAAAUUUUUCUUUAAACUCAUCUAUAAAAUGGCCAUUAUCAAAUCUUGAAAAAAAUUUUAAUAAAAAAAAUAAUUUCUAAAAUAUUUUUUGUAAUUGUGAAAAAUAACAUAAAUCAUACUUUAAAUAUAGUUCUAUAUUGUAAAAAUUGAAAUAUUAAAAAAGAGAAGUAUAAAAUAUUAUGUAGGUUAUAUGUUAUAUAAGUUGUCAGUUAGAUCUAUUCCACUCUGUAUACUAUUCUAAUGACUAAAUUUUAAGACUAAACAUAUAAUUAUUUAUGAAUCAUAAACAGGAUAAAUUGAAAUAAUUUCGGUUUUUGGCAAUUUUUCUUUUAGUAAGUUAGUUUUACUAUAUUGAAUUUUUUUAGUACAUAUUGAAAAUUGAGUACAGAACUAAAAAUAUUAUAAAUCAAUAUUAAAAAACUUAAUAUAAUUUAAAUUUUGACUUUAAAAAAGUUUGGAAAACGAAAUUAAAAUUAAAAUUUCAAGGUUGGUAAAAUGUUUUAAAUGCGAUUUCAUAAUAUUUUAGUCUUUCAUAAUUAUUAAACUUAAAAUUUAUCAAAUAAAUUCGAUAUAGAUCAACUAACUUUUAUUAGAUAUAAUAAAAAUGUUCAAAAAACCAAAAUCAUUUCGGUUCCUGGGCCUGAUUGUAAAUUGACAUUUUGGAUGGUGAAAAUAUUAACGAUGUUACAAUAAUACUCAAAUUGCUCAGAUCUUACUUUUAAUUACCAAUAUAUUUGUUAUUACAGUAGUUUAUCACUUAAUAAAUUAAUUAUUUUGGAAGAAUUAAUUUGCGAUUGUAUUUAUACUAAAGUGUUACUCAUUGGUGAUCCAAACUCUUUAAUUUUUAAAGUAAGAAUUAAAACACAUCAAAUAAGCUGAUAUUUCACCAGAUAAUAGACUUGGGAAAAGUUCAGAAAUAUAUUUUUAUGUUUCAUAAAACUCACUAAAAAUAUAACACCCCUAAGAAGAUUAUCAUCCCUUAUAAUUGUACAACUGCAAUAAUUAAAACAUUAUUGCGCCAUCACUAGUCUUACUUUCUUUAAAUAAAAAAAAAAAAUUUUCCACUUAUAUUUAAUUUAUAUUAAUCAUCAGAUAAAUUUAAGACUUUUUACAUUUAUAAAAAUAAUAAUUUCGUGCCAAAUGUUUUAUUUUUUCAAAUUAGUUUCAAAACUUUUUCAAUAAGAUAUUUCGGUAGUUAUUUAAUUGAUAACAUACAUGUUAAACUAUAAUACUUUGUUCAAAACUAUUUAUUAGUGGCUUUAACAUAUUUCAUACAAAACAGCUUAAUUAUUAUGUUUAAUUGUUGUUACUUAACUCUAAGUUUAUCAUUAAAGUUUAUUCAUCUUUAAUUGAACUAUUUAAUU